GACGCGAAGUGGCGCCCUGCUUCGCUGUACACUCCUGUUCCAUGCUAGUGCAGCUCCUUUGUUGUGAUUAGCCGUCCAGCGGUUUGGAUUUUUCAACAAUAUUCCACAUUAUUACACAAAGGCGCUGUUGUGAAUAUUACAAAGAUGAGCGGCGGAGUAUACGGCGGUGAUGAGGUGGGAGCACUGGUAUUCGACAUCGGCUCGUACACUGUGAGAGCUGGCUACGCAGGAGAGGACUGUCCCAAAGCCGACUUCCCCACGGUGAUAGGCGUGACCCUCGACCGAGAGGACGGCACCACUCCCAUGGAGACGGAUGGCGACAAAGGAAAGAGCGGCACCACCUAUUUCAUUGACACCAACCAGCUGAGGGUCCCCAGGGAGAACAUGGAGGUCAUGUCACCCCUGAAGAACGGCAUGAUUGAAGACUGGGACAGUUUCCAAGCCAUUCUGGAUCACACCUACAAGAUGCACUUCAAGUCCGAACCCAGCCUGCAUCCGGUGCUUAUGUCGGAAGCAUCAUGGAACACGCGAGCCAAGCGAGAAAAACUCACCGAGCUGAUGUUUGAGCAUUACAACAUUCCCGCCUUCUUUCUCUGCAAAUCGGCCGUGCUUUCCGCCUUUGCCAACGGGCGGUCUACGGGCUUGGUCCUGGACAGCGGCGCCACACACACCACAGCCAUACCGGUGCAUGAUGGCUAUGUGCUGCAGCAAGGCAUUGUCAAGUCUCCCCUUGCCGGAGACUUCAUGAGCAUGCAGUGCAGGGAACUUUUCCAAGAGUUAAAUGUUGAAAUAAUCCCUCCUUACAUGAUCGCAUCAAAGGAUGGCGUGCGAGAGGGAUCGCCCGCCUGCUGGAAGAAGAAAGAGAAACUACCACAAGUCACUCGCUCGUGGCAUAACUACAUGUGUAAUUGUGUCAUCCAAGACUUCCAGGCAUCGGUGCUGCAGGUGUCUGACUCGCCAUACGAUGAACAGGUUGCCGCCCAGAUGCCCACGGUUCACUACGAGCUGCCCAACGGCUACAACUGCGACUUUGGUGCCGAGAGGCUCAAAAUCCCAGAGGGGCUGUUUGACCCCUCCAACGCAAAGGGCUUGUCGGGAAACACCAUGUUAGGAGUCGGACACGUGGUGACGACCAGCGUGGGAAUGUGCGACAUCGACAUCCGGCCGGGUCUGUACGGCAGUGUUGUGGUGACCGGAGGAAACACGCUCAUUCAGGGCUUCACCGACCGCCUCAACAGAGAACUCUCCCAGAAAACCCCCCCGAGCAUGCGACUGAAGCUGAUCGCCAACAACACCACAGUGGAGCGUCGCUUCAGUGCGUGGAUAGGAGGCUCCAUCCUGGCAUCGCUCGGAACCUUCCAGCAAAUGUGGAUCUCCAAACAAGAGUACGAGGAGGGAGGAAAGCAAUGUGUGGACAGGAAGUGCCCUUGAUGUAACCGCUCACCUUGGCUCUCGUGUUGAUGAAUCUCUCCUUUUUUGUAUCAUUUUUUUUUUUUACGUUGGACACGUACACAUCUACAGACAUGACAUUUCUUUUGACAGUACCAUCAUGGUCAGGUGGUUUGUGGAAACAUCCAGCAACAAAAUAUCAUUUUAGUACGCUCGUGCUCAUGCGGCGGCAGCCCAAACUAAAUAUUUUCUACAGCACACCGACCAAGAACUUUUGAAGUUGGAUUUCAGGAUUUUGUGUUUUGUAAGAACUUUGAGUUGGGUUAAAGUCGUAAUAAAACUGUAUUUAAUUCUUAA